UGAGGUUAUACUAACUAGCAAACCAUUUAGCUACUGACUCGUAAAACAUUUGAUACUAAAUUGAUCUAGAAAAUAAAGACUGAUUUAGCUUAGUCUGGUCGAUUUGGAGGGAUACUGACGCGACGCAGCACAUGCCGCAUUUUCAAACCAAGCCGCCGCCUCCUCCAUUCAAGCAAGUUAACUAGCCUUCUACAGUAUAGUCAGGAAGCUACGCUAGUUAGCCACACAAGUCUGAAUGAAAAGCAACGGGUGCAGUAGCAGUCGUAUUUGGCCCUGUAGAAAAUCUCUGCCUGUAUGCUACGCUGAAUGAAGAAGGAAAGAAGUUUACUUUAAGAAGAUUACUUUAUUAAGGCCGGUGGGCUACAAGUCACCAUGGGGCCCCGUGACUGCUGGUCCUGGACCAGCCUACCUCUCACCAUCCUGGCUGUGCUUCUCUUCCACCGGGAUGCCAAUGGUCAUGAUUCUGAUUGUUUCCCAGAGAUUAGAGUGGCACGGAACACAGUAUUGAGAGCUUCACUUGGGAAACAAUUGAAGAUUAACUGUUCUAUUGCUUUCUGUUCCAACUCACCACCACCACCAUCACUAUGGUGUAAGGUUGAUGAAUCAAACAACUGCAAUACUGUCAACACAACAACUCUCAUUCAAACACAGUGGACCAGUUUGAAAAACACUACAGGGAUCUCAUUUCUGGUCUUCACCAGCAUUUCCAUAUACGAUGUAGGUCUGUACAGGUGUGCAUUAAAUGAAGCCUCUGUGAGUCAUUCUAUCAAUGUUACUCUCUCAGAGAGUGUUGAGGACACCACAUAUGUGCAUCAGAAGAAUGAAACAACCAACAGUACAGCGAGUCAGAGUGACAGCUUCCUGGAGUGGGUGUGGCCUUAUGUUUACUCCUCGGCUGGGAUUGUGGUGUUUGUCAUCGUGGUGAUAACCAUAUCCAUGCUCUCAUUGCGUGGUUGUAAAGGUGCCUGUCCGGCCAGGAAGUCAAGGAAAGAGGACCAAACAGAGAACCAGUAUAUGGCUAUACCAAUGACCCAGCAAGCAUUCCCACGACCCAACCCACAAUCCCACCACAGAGGAAGCAUCCGAUCCCACCAAUCCCAGGACCGGCUCCAAGCCCAGCCCCGGCCCCAAGCCCAGGCACAAGCCCAGCCCACCCCACCGCCGGACUGUAUCUAUGACAACGCACCUGCCAGGGGCCCACGUCGCACUCAUCCGGCACCCGGCCAAGCUGCAGCCAAUCAGGUAGCUGUCCCGGUGGACACGGACAAUACCUAUAGCAACGGAAAGGAGAAAGAGGAAGAGGGUGAUAUCAUGUACGCAGCGCUAAACCAUCAGGUAAAGCCUGGAGCCGCUGCGCGCCCUGCACAGCCUCGGGUAGAGGGCUCAGAGUACGCAGCCAUACGAGUGUCCUGAGCCCUGGAACCAGGAAGUAAAACUCCUCUUCCCAGAGGGCCACAGUCCGACUGGUCUUUGUUUCUCCCUGAUUACAAGAAGGGGGUCGCUGCGUCCCAAAAUGGCGACCGGAGUAUGGGCGAGUGGGUGUGUCAAAAGGGAAAUAGUGGGUGUGUGGAAAGGAAUGGGUGUGUGUCAAAUCGUCUGCUAUAGGUUAGACGGUUUUGAUUGAGCUGUAUUUUUUUCUCUUCCGUUUCUUGCCACUCAACCAGACUGUGACACACAACUAGGUGCUAUCAUCAACCAAAAAGGGUUAUUUGUCUGUCCUCAUAAGAGAACCCUUUGAAGAACCCCCUUUGGUUCCAGGUAGAACCCUUCUGGGUUCCAUGAAGAACCCUUUCCACAGAGGGGUCUGCAUGGAAUCCAAAAGAGUUCUACCUAGAACCAAAAAGGGUACUCCUAUGGGGACAGCCGUAAAACCCUUUUGGAACCCUUUUUUGUAUGAGUGUACCUCACAUUGAGCUACCAUACUGCGAGAGUUGGGACAUCUGUUUUUAAGCCAGAGGAUGAGUCUGAGUGUUAGAAUUACAUGAAUAAUUGUACAUUUUCCGGUUUAAAACUGAAGAUUGUUUAUUUGGGCGGCAGCUAGCCUUGCGUUGGGUCAGUAACCGAAAGGUUGCUAGAUCAAAUCCCAGAGCUGACAAGGUCAAAAUCUGUUGUUCUGCCCCUGAACAAGGCAGUUAACCCACUGUUCCUAGGCGAUCAUUGUAAAUAAGAAUGCGUUCUUAACUGACUUGCCUAGUUAAAUAAAUAUUAAAUAAAACAUUUGAAGUAUUGAUGAUGGGUGUACUGUUGCUUUAUGGGUUGUACGCAUGUUCCUACUGUGAAUGUCACCCUGAUAUAUUACUGUGACUGUCACACUGAUAUAUUACUGUGACUGUCACUCUGAUAUAUUACUGUGACUGUCACACUGAUAUAUUACUGUGACUGUCAACCUGAUAUAUUACUGUGACUGUCACUGAUAUAUUACUGUGACUGUCACCCUGAUAUAUUACUGUGACUGUCACCCUGAUAUAUUACUGUGACUGUCACCCUGAUAUAUUACUGUGACUCACUCUGAUAUAUUACUGUGACUGUCACCCUGAUAUAUUACUGUGACUCACUCUGAUAUAUUACUGUGACUGUCACCAUGAUGUAUUACUGUGACUGUCACCCUGAUAUAUUACUGUGACUCACCCUGAUAUAUUACUGUGACUCACCCUGAUAUAUUACUGUGACUCACCCUGAUAUAUUAUUGUGACUGUCACUCUGAUAUAUUACUGUGACUGUCACCCUGAUAUAUUACUGUGACUGUCACCCUGAUAUAUUACUGUGACUGUCACCCUGAUAUAUUACUGUGACUGUCACUCUGAUAUAUUACUGUGACUGUCACUCUGAUAUAUUACUGACUGUCACCCUGAUAUAUUACUGUGACUGUCACCCUGAUAUAUUACUGUGACUGUCACCCUGAUAUAUUACUGUGACUGUCACUCUGAUAUAUUACUGUGACUGUCACCCUGAUAUAUUACUGUGACUGUCACCCUGAUAUAUUACUGUGACUGUCACCCUGAUAUAUUACUGUGACUGUCACCCUGAUAUAUUACUGUGACUGUCACCCUGAUAUAUUACUGUGACUGUCACUCUGAUAUAUUACUGUGACUGUCACUCUGAUAUAUUACUGUGACUGUCACCCUGAUAUAUUACUGUGACUGUCACCCUGAUAUAUUACUGUGACUGUCACUCUGAUAUUGGCUACUAGGUAGCUACUUCCCACACCGUUGCUGGACAGUAGUGCCUGUCAUACGAGAGCGAACGGUACUGGGUCCCGGUGUUCUUGUUUUUCAUGCGUGCCCUCCACAUUGAGUAGUAGACUGUAUGUACUGUAUGUAUCAAGAUGGUUAUCAAUAUUAGUUACUUCUUGUGUAGGCUGCUGCCCUCUUUUAAAUAAAAUAAUUUCAGAGAAAACAUUGCCACGUUAGCUGCCGCCUGCAACAUGACCACGAUACCAGUGGCAAUCGGUGCCAUUUAAGAUUCUUAUUAUUUUAACCUUUAUUUAACCUGGCAAGUCAGUUAAGAACAAAUUCUUAUUUACAAUGAUGGCCUGCACCGGCCAAAACCGGACGACGCUGUGCCUAUUGUGCACCUCCCUAUGGGACUCCCAAUCACCUCCAGUUGUGAUACAGCCUGGAAUUGAACCAGGGUGUCUGUGGUGACGCCAAAAGCACGGAGAUGCAGUGCCUUAGACCGCUGCGCCACUCGGGAGGGAUGAGGAUGGCCUUAUUUCUGUUACAGCUUAUUGGAUGACUGUCAUUCAUAUUCCAUUCACCCAGUUCAAUGUAACAUCGAUAGGUUUAGGCUACUACAUGAUAGUCAAAUACUCAUCAUGAGGUUUCCUCAACCUAGACUAUGAAUGAAAGCUACACCAUGGUGCUGUUUAGGCUACUGUAGACCAACACUGCAAAACAGUGUGUUUUAAUCAAUUAUUUGGUGACUUGAAUACAUUUAGUCUAGUUUUAUCUAAAAAGGCUUACUUCUUAAUAUUUUGCUAUUUAAAUUUUUAUGAAAUUCACUGAGGAAGAUGUUCCUUCCUCCUCUGAGGAGCCUCCACUGCAUGAUACCCAGUAGGAAGGACUUCGGCAGGCAUGUCGAUACAACCCCGGUGCACUGGUCCGGCUUAUCGACUCUUCUUGUAGCCCAAUCAGCCACGUAAAACGGUAUUCAGUAGCAAUAAAUCUGCCCAAUUAGCUAAUAAUCCAUACACCCACUCUCCCAUACUUCGGUCGCCAUAUUGGGCUGCAGACACCCCUUCUUGGUAUUACAGAAAUAGAUCAGCUGGCUGCAUCGAACUUUGAACUUCCACCAAUGAUAAUGUCAGUUUUAACUAUGGCCUUUUGGGUACAACUUUCUUACAGAGGUUGAUUUUUGAGGCCUACAUGAAAUAUUCCACUGCACUGUAAUUAGGUGGAAACCAGUUGACUGUGAAUGUAACUGUGAUUGAUUGUUUUGUUUAAUGCAGUUUUCUGUGAUUUGCGUGUUUCCUAUUUAAACAAAUAAUCAGAUUUGAUUUACUAUAAUAUAAUUUUCACUGCAAUAUUA